CAGAUGUGCGCAGCCAGUUGCGAAAGGUAAACAAAGUUCCAACCCAAAAAAAUAAUGUUGUGGAGUUUUUUGCCAUUUUUUAAAUCAGUAUUCGCGAAUAUUAAAUGAGUUUUAAUACAAAACCAAUCGGAAUUAAGUGUGACGAACAUGUCAACGGAAAAAAGAAAACGGAAAAUAACCCGGACGCCUCCGGUAGCCGCAAGAAGGGAUUCAUCCAGUGAGCCGGAACUCGUAAUCGAUCUGCCAAGCACUUCCACCUCGACUGGUGGCCGAGCUUCCAGAUCUGCUCUACCGGUGACUCCCAAGAAGAGCCCGGAGAAGCGGCAGCCAUCGACGAGGAAGAAACGCCGCCGGCCACGCUCCAGCAGUUCCAGCAGCGAUGUCGAGGACCAAACGCUGGAGGAAACCAUCCAGAGGGUGGCGGUUACAAAUAACAUGUCCCAGGAGAGCAUCAAAAAGAUUCUGAAGAAACUGGUCCUGAACGAGCAUAUUCUGGCAACGGUGAAAUUGAAGGAGGAAGACGAAGUGCGGGAAGCGAAAACCAAUCCCGCUUCGGCCAAGGAUGGCAUGGAGGGCGAUGAUGAAGAUGACGAAUCGACUCAGGUCAAACUGACUCGAUUAAAAGCCAAACAGUUGAAUAAGCCACCCCUUCCGAUAGUUCCUUUGAAGGCACCGAUAGCAAACGAAGAAGUGGCCGCCCUGAUUCGGGAAGAGCUCGGCUCCGACGAUGACGACGAAGAAUACCAACCCACAGAGGAUGACAUUCCCUCGGAUGACGAUCCCAACACUACGAUAUCGGACAUCGAUUCACAGCCUCGAACGCCGAUCGCGCCCUCGACACCUGGGGGCACGGAACCGGAAAACGAUGGCGAAGAUGGCCCCGUCUAUAGCCGAGAUGGGUUGUUCAAGAUACCGAGGAUGCGUACCGAUAGUCACGGUUCGCAGCAAUCCGAACAAGAGCAGGAGAACAUUGCCCGGCGGACCCGAUCGAAGCUGUGUCUGCAGACGACGGCCAUCGAAACGAUUGAGUCGACGUUCUUCCCGCCGGACAUUACGACCGACAUGUACGACUUCGACUGCGAUAUGGAUCACGUGUGGAAGGAGUUUCUGAGCGAGUUUACCAAACCGUUGCCGAACCACGCCGAAGACGACGAUGACACCGAUCCAGAAUACGUGGCAGCGGACCAAGUACCGGUUGACGCGGAGGAGCUUCGCGAAGUCAAGGUCUCCAGAAAAGAACUCAACGAACUGGUGUCGGAACUGCUUGAAAUGAGCGGAAUUAUAGACGAAUCGUUUCUGAAUGAUGAUGCGGCCAAUAAAACACUAGUUCCUGAAGCUGCAAUCGAGGCUCCCAAUCAAGACCAAGAAGUGGCAGAAACCGGGCAGUCGUCUGUGCUAAACACCCCACAGCCAAAAAUGGCCAGUCCGGUGAAAGAGCGUUCCGUUACUCCGGAGCAAGCUACCAACAGCUCAGUGUUCCUCCCGAACACGGUGUCAACCCCUACGAUACCUUUCCCGGAGAAUCGUGUGGUCAUCGUGACUCCUGCCACCCCAACUGGCCAAGCUAUUACUAGCGGUUCACCAUGCGCAGCUCCUAUUGUGCAGUCAUAUACUCAAGCUUUACAACCUUUAGAAAGUAACGCCAGUAUCGUAGCUCCUAUAGCUAUGCCAGCAACCACUGUGAUUUCAAAAUCUGGAGAAAAUAGUCUGAAUAGCAACACCUCUCUUCAUCAGCUAACUACUCCGACUAUACAUGCCACAGCCAAGGGUAUAGUUUUAAUAGCUCCAGUUCCACAGUCAAAUAAUUCUAGUUGGACAAUCAUCAGUAGUAGCCCCGGACAUUCCACUAUGCAAUCCAGUUCGGUUGGAGAUCAAUCGUCCCUCGCUCACGAUACAUCACAAACUAGUUAUAUCAACGCCAACGCAAACGAUGCAUCCAAGAGCAUUUCUCUGAACGGCAAUUUCUUCAUUCAGAUAUCCACUCCUGAUGAGUCCAGCUUCUACAAAUACUACGUACCAUCGAAAAGUUCCGUCAAGCCGAGUGAAGAACGAAUACCAGUUCCCCCGUCGGAACGAAAAUAUCGCUUCACGCACAGUCUGGUGCCGGUAACCGUAACGUACAACGAGGGUCAAACGGGAUUCACAAGUUUCCAGCUUCAAAUCUUCCAGCAGCAGCUUCGGCAGCAUGUACAGUUCGCAGCGCAAAACUUCAUGCAAACCUACGCACAUCCCAAAUUUUGGCAGAUGGCCAAGACCUUCAAGGAAAUGCUGCUCGACCUUCAGACAAUGGCACAGGACAACCCAUCGGCAAAAGCGUGGAAUCUGGACGGUGCUGUCGAUUGUUGUCAAAGCUGGGAAAAGGAACUCGAAGCGGAUACGGACGAAAAUAAGGAUUUCAUCCAGUUUCAAUUGGACGAAACUAGCAAAGCCGAAAAGGCGAAAAAAUCGAACAAAUACUACCUAGGCUUUUUCCAUCCGAAAAUGAUGGAACACGUGGUCAACAAUACCGCCUUUAUGUAUCCCAAACUCCUUCCUUACACCCCAUUCCGGACGGACUUUCGCUCCGAGAACCGUUUCAUCAAGGCCGAGGAACGGCUGAUCGCCUACGGGUUGGACAUGUUCUUUGCCAUCGCCAAAAAGGAUAUGAACAAGCACAGACCGCACGUGGAAAAGGAUCCAACGGUGAUGCAGGUGUGUCGCUACAUUAGCAAAUAUCUUAUAACCUGCCAAACCGAUAAGCAGCUGUACUCGUACGUGAGCUCUCGUCGGUUACGCGGUGACAAGAUGAAUCCUAUCAAGUAUUACUUCAAACACUCUAAGGGACCAGCGUUCCAACAUGUACUGGAGUCUACGGAUCUGAACAAUGUGAUACCUCCUGUGGGGUACCAGAAGGGAGAGCUCCCACAUCUGUGGGAUAAAUACAUCUAUUCUAAGGAGAGGCUGGGAAAACUCUGCAACAGCACGUGCGACUCGGAAAUCAUUGCCAUUCACGAAUCGGUGCAGGCAUUCAGCAAGCAACAAUCCAAACCUACGGCACCAGCCGCCCCACCCGAACCUCCCGCUCUGAACAUCACCAUCAGCUUGGUUCUCGAUCCGCACCAGCCUCCCAUUCCGUUGAAUACUCCGGUAUUUGGUCAAGACUCGGCAGCACCCAUUGCUGAGGAACAUAGCGAAGACAGGAACAAAUCAAUCGAUUCCAAUCCCCCUUACCUGUUCGAAAUCAAGGAGGAAUCUUCCAUUUCGAUUGACGACGAUUCGCGGGAUGUGACCGACUUUGACGGCCAGCCGGAUGUUUCGAUAGUAGCCCCGUCCGAGGGCAGGAGUAGCUGUGGCUGUGAUUGUCAUAACUUAGACCAUAGCCAUCGCAGUGGAUGCCUUGAAGGGAAGAAGAGUGAGAUCGGCAAAGGGCAGAAGCGACUGACGGAUUAUUUCUCUACGGUAAAAGGCGUAAAGGCGGAUGAACUGCGAAAGACGAAGCUGAAGGAGAAGUUGUGGGAGAUAUACCAGAGGUUCUGUGACUCUUGUAUAGAAGGAAUUGACGUUGGAAGUCUUGGAAGAUUAGUGCGAAAGGUAUUUGACCAUUUUCGUCUGAUAGAAGGAUUUAGUUACUUUCUAGGGAAACUUCAAGAGAUGAGCUAUAGCCACAGCUCUAAAAAAGUGGAUCAGAUCGUGACAAAGAGUGAGCCGUUUGCGGUGAAUGAAAUGGACAGCAGAGGACACCGUUCCAGCGAGUGUGAGCACAGGGACGCAAACUUUGCGUACAACUUCUUCGAGAAAGUAGAGGAAACCUUACUUACGGAAAACAAGCACAGCAUGUAUGAAAGGUUCUUGGAUAUUCUACAGUCGUUCAAUGCCACAGAAGAUCGCGUUCCUGAUCUGUACCACAAGAUAGAGAAUCUCCUUCUAACGGAUCACCCCGAACUGGUGGACAUGUUCCUGACGUUCCUCCUGCCAGGUCAAGCCGCGGAAGUCGGUCGAUUUUUCGAACAUUUCAUCCUAACCAACUCCAACGACUUUCUCACUAAAUUGAACAUCUAUUUCGCCAAACAACCGGCACAGAUCAGAAGGAUCUACUCCUGCCUGAGCGAACUUUCCAACGAGGAAGGCGUGACCAUGGAGUCUAUAAAAUCUCGAAUCCUUCCACUUCUAAAAGGGAACCCCCUGCUCAUCGAAUGGUUCCUACAGCUGUUUCCCCUGGAAAACCCACCCGAAGGCAACACCUCAGACUACGAGGUUAUCUCCGUGAAGAAACUUCCACACACAGAUCAUCCCCAGGACCCGGACGACGUCUACGAGGAAGUCCCGUUCAUCGAAGUGGCCCAGGAAGCGGCAGGAGAGGGUACCGUUUGCGGAACGAAAUACAUCCAAGGCCGAAUCAUGUACGGCACUCAACCGGCCCGAUUGACCUUCCUAGCACACGAUUGCAUGACUUCCCUGUCGCUCAUCCAGCGAGAUAACCACCACGGACUGAAAGGAUGCGUACACAACGUACGAAGUGCUCCGAGAUCGACGGCUGAUGGUGACUCAACGGAACAAACACCACCAGUAGUGGAUAAUCCGGUGCCGGAGGAAGCGCCACAGCAGCAGCAGCAGGAGGAGCCACCGCGGUACAAGCUGUGCGACGAUGCAACGUUCAAUGCGCAUGCCAUCCGAUUGAAUCCGCUGGUGCACGGCGGGAAGGGGGUCACGUACGCCGAUGUGGCGCAUCUGCUAGUACCGGACUCGAAUGUGCCGGAUGAAAGUCAACCAAUCCCUGAGGACGACAAAUCCAACUCGCCGAAGAAACAACAGUUCAGAACCGUUCCCAAAAAACGCAUCAACUCACCUGUGAGCAAGAAACCUACGAUGGGCAAAAACUCUCCAACAGCCUGCAAAAAGGCACCAAUCACUGUUUCCCCUGAUUCAAAAGUUUUGCUCACAUCGAAAAAGUUGAAACAAUUGAUUGAAACAGCACCGGGUCCAUCGAACCCACCGGAACCAGCGGGCUCAAGCGGUGUGAAACGGAAAGCAUUCCCUGACCUCAAUACGAACACCGCUAGCACCGUUACGGUUCCCUCCAAUGAGACGCCGUCUCUGCAAAUAAAAAAAGAACGAAGUGACGCAAACGAUUCCAAAGACACUGCAGAACCUCCCGGCCAAACCAGCUGGACCAGAGACGAGGACAAGGUGAUCCUGGAGGAAAUCAAAACGGGGUACAGUUCGGUGGAACAGUUGGUGGAACGGAUCGGAACGAAAAUUUCGGGAAGGAGUGCCACCGAAAUACGACUGAGGUAUGAAUUCCUGAUGGAAGUGCUGAAGAAGUUCCAGCGAUCCAAUUGAUGAGUGGUUUGUUUCCGUGUAGUUUAAGGUACAUUUUGUUUUAAUGUAGAAUCUAUUUAUUCAAAUUGUGUUCGAAUGUUUAAUCACAUGCAAUAAAUGCGAAUCAAUGUACAGAAUGCUUA